UUGAAAAAGAUGGCUGCUUCGCUCAUUAUCCUCACCAUCAAAAUUCAUUUGUCUACAAAUCUUUACCGCCCUCCAAUGGUGAUCGGGUCAACCCAUUCUCGCUAAACCUCCGGGUUUUAUCUAAAUCCAAAGCCCACUUUUCAAACUGCAAAAUAUCUGCAGCACCUGUGGGAGAUAAGUGUUAAGAUAUUUGACAAUCUUGGGGAAAUGGGCGUUCUCGAGAGGUCCCAGCCAACUUCUGCUAAAAGUGGAGCAAGUUUAAUUUUGUGUUUAUGCUGGUGUUUGAUACUUACAGGUGCGGAUAGCCAAGAAACGCAUCGCGUGGAAGUGAAUGCAUUGCGAAUCAUCAAGAGAAGUUUGACAGACCCAUAUCGGAAUCUUCGUAAUUGGAACAAGGGGGAUCCAUGUACUUCAAACUGGACAGGGGUUUUAUGCUAUAACAGAACAAUGAAUGAUGGUUAUCUUCAUGUCAGAGAAUUGUAUGAUUAUAGUCCUCCCCCUUUUUGCUGUAUCUUAGUUUGUAAUAUAAAAUCUAUUUAAUGUACAAUGGACUUUUACUGCUUCCAAA